CAGCUGCUUUCUCUUUGCCAUUAGAAACCAAAGUGAAGGUGUUCACUUUGGUUCACUCUGUUUGGUCAGACUGACCAAACAGAGAGUGGGAGGCCAGUAUAAUGGCGGAGGGUUAUUCCUACCCGGUUCUAGUGGAGUUUGAGAAAACCAACUCAUCGAGACUGAAAAAUAAAUUAAUAAAGUAUUUUCAGAGUAAGAAGUCUAAUGGAGGAGACUGCGAGGUGGAGUGUGAGCCUGGCAGCACAACUGCACUGCUGCGGUUCCGCAGGAAGGAAGACCAGAAAAAUGUCCUGACCAAACAGGAGCACCAGAUCAAUUUGGACGAGGGAGUGUUAAAAAUGACAGUUCGCCUUCCUUCAGGGCAGCGGGAUCUAUCUGAUAAAAGCAGAAAAAAAGUCAGUUAUACAGGUACCAACAAAUGGUCAACAGCUAAGGAACACAAUCCCAUGGAUGAAGGACACAGGGAGGCAAAAGGCAACGAUGGAGAUUCAGCCGAUGAGGAGCUGUGUUCCACCUCGACGGUUUUAGGGAAUGUUUCAGAGUCUGUAACACAAGAAUUCUUGGAAAUGCUUGUUGAGAACAUUUUGAGAGAUAUAAGCCCUGCGAAUGCUGCCAAGAACUACAUUUUGGAACUCAUUCCUGACAUCUCAUCUGCUGUUGUGACAUUCGAGAAAGGAACAGUUAACAGUGAGUUUAUAGAAAGAUGCCCUAAAAAUAGGAUGUUUACAAGGAAGGGCUUUUCAAUCCGACCCCUUGAGACGACAAACAGGGUUGUUGCUGGAGGGUUUUCAGACUGCAGUGAAGACAUCCUGCACCUCUACUUUGAGAGUAAAGGUGGAGAUGUCGAAGAUGUUAAACUUAAUGAAGCUGAAAAGUCUGCUGUAAUCACAUUUAAGGACUGUAAAGCUAUUAGGAAAAUAAUGAGUAUGAAGCACAACAUAAAAAAGCAAGAAGUCAAAGUCUAUCCAUUUUACAAAUCUUUGGGCGUAGCACUAUAUGGAAAAGAUAAGACAUCACCCAAACUUCCUGCUGUAAUCUCCAAACCUGCAAACAAACCUGUCCUGGGCUACGUAACUGAUAAGAAAGCAGCCCUGGAGAGCGUUCGUCAUGAUUUGGAAAAACAUUUCUUCAACAUUACCCAGAAGCAGUCUGCUGUCUCACCAUCAUUACUGAAGCAAAAAGUCAAUCAAGCAUUGACCAAAAAUUGGACAAUACCUGAGGGUCCCGUGGGUAAAGGUCAGAGGGAGGCAAUUGGCAAAGAUGGAGAUUCAGCCGAUGAAGAGCAGUGGUCCACCUCGGCUGUUAUAGAGAACAUUCCAGAGUCUAUAACACAAGAAUUCUUGGAAAUGAUUGUGGAGAACAUUUUGAGAGAUCCAAGCUCUCCAACUGCCUCCCAGGACUACAUUUUGGAACUCAUUCCUGACAUCUCAUCUGCUGUUGUGACAUUCCAGGGUGGAAAAGUUAACAGAGAGUUUAUAGACAGAUGCCCUAAAAAUCGGAUGUUCACAAGGAAGGGCUUUUCAAUCCGACCCCUUGAGACGACAAGGAGGGUUGUUGUUGAAGGAGUUUUAAACUUCAGUGAAGACAUGUUGCACCUCUACUUUGAGAGUAAAGGUGGAGAUAUUGAAGAUGUUAAACUUAACGAAACUGAACAGUCUGCUGUAAUCACAUUUAAGGACCACCAAGAUGUCAAGAAAGUAAUGAGUAUGAAGCACAGCAUAAAAAAGCAGGAAGUCAAAGUCUAUCCAUAUUACAAAUCUUUGGGCGUUGCACUGUAUGGGAAAGAUAAGCCAUCACCAAAACUCCCUGCUUCCAUAUCUGAACCCAUUGACAAUGCUAUGCUAAGAUACCUUGCUGAAAACAAAGCUGCUCUGGAGACCAUUCGUUGUGACUUGGAAAAACACUUCUGCAUCAUUACCCUGGAGAAGUCUGCUGUCCGCCUCAGUGCCCUGCCUUUAUUACUUAAGCAAAAAGAAGCCAAAGUCAUCAUCAAAGAGUGGGCAAAUUCUGUGAGAUCAGCCUUCAGUCAGUCUGUCUCUAAAUUCAAAUCCAUCAAUUUUCCCCUGGAAUCUGAGGUAUGGGAAGAGUCUGUGCAGAAGAUUAAAGAGAAACUCCAGAAAGAAGACGUGGUUGUAGUUCCUGAUAAAACCAGUGGUAAUCUUUACAUGGUCGGUCUUGUAAAUGAAGUUAACACACUUGAGAAACCUGUUUCAGAAGUUCUUAGCAGGAUUGGAGAAAAGGUUAGACGGGAGAAAUUAAGCAAGACUCAAGAAAUAAAUUUGCCCCCAUCAAUCUUUUUCCUCAUUUCUCAAGAUGGUAUUCAGGAUAAACUCCUGAAAAUGUACCCAGAACUCAAAUUGUCAUAUGACCAAAAGAAGAAAGCUUUGAAAGUAACUGGCUUGGUGGAAGAGAUUACCACUGCAAGCCAAGAAAUAAACAAUGCAAUGUUUGCAUUAAAACGACAGAAUUUAGAAUUGGAUAAAUUUUUGCUUGACAUGCUGAAGGAAGAACAACAAGAGGAGGCCACAGAUGUACUUCUCACAGCCUAUGGUCUAAAAGCAGCCUUAGAAAUCAGUCCACAAAGAGUACAGCUUGUUGUUGUUUCUGACAAGGAUCUAAUGAGUGCUCAAGACCACCUAAGCCAAAUCCUGAAGUCUGAGUACAUCAAGGUUGAAGACAAUGACGUCUUGAAAAAGCCAGAGUGGCAGCAGCUUGUCCAUCAGCUAGAAAAAGCCAACAGUGUGUCAGGAAUGAGAACUCAGAUUAAAGUUCAUCAUCAGCAAGUGGUAGUGUCUGGUCAGAUGGACAAUGUGGACAAAGUUAGCAGUGAAAUAGAUGACUUUUUAACACAAAAUGCCCACGUUGAAGAAUUUGUUGCUGUUAAGGCAAAUGUUGUCAUUGAGUACCUUAAAGGUCAGGCACCCUGGUUAAAACAGCUAGAAGGUGGGGUGGAUGUGUCUUUUGGAAAGGAGGAGAUCAUCCUAAGUGGCUGUAGAAAUGCUGUACACAGUUGCAUAAGCAUAGUCAAGGAUUCGCUCUCCUCUGUGUACUUUGACAGUUUAAAAGUCACAAAACCAGGAGUUAAAAAGUUAUUUCUGGAUAAGGAAUCCAUUUAUGUUAACUUAAUCAAGACUGAGACUGGCUGCCUGGUCCAGCUUAUUGGUGACUCUAAUAAAGAUUACAAAGAUGUUGCCACUGUACAAGUACAAAAACCCAUUUUCAAAAUUCAGACAAGCAAUGGGAGGGAAAUAGUGGUUUCCAAGGCAGACAUAUGUAGUUACUCAGUCGAUGCUGUUGUCAAUCCUUCUACUGAUGACUUGAAACACAAUGGAGGUCUUGCUUUGGCAAUCUCAAAAGCAGCAGGCCCUCAGCUGCAAGCUGAAUGUGACACAAUAAUCAACUUAAAGGGUAAACUCAGGCCUGGAGACUGUGUUGUGACUAAUGCUGGGGGAAGCCUUCGUUGCAAAAAAGUGAUCCAUGCCGUAGGACCAAGCUUUGAUCCUAAUAAGCCAAAGAAGGCUGAGGCCCAGUUGAGAAGAGCCGUCAAAGAAAGCCUGGAUCUUGCUGAAAAGAGAAGCUGUUUUUCUGUGGCUCUUCCCGCCAUCAGUAGAAAUCUCGGCUUCUCCCUAAGUCUGUGCUUAAGCACCAUUGUUACAACAGUUAAGGAGUACUGUGAUGAAAGGCAUGAUGACCUCACCUUGAAGGCGAUCCAUCUGGUGGAUAAUGAUGACAGCGUCGCUAUUGGUAUGGUGGCCUUUGUGAAGCAAGAGUUUGGAAAUCAAGGAGCUGGUGUUGCACCACCAAAACCUCUGCCUAAAGUUAGUCCAAAGCCUCCUCUUAUUAAGCUAGCUCUACCUGACCACAGCUUGUGCAGAGCACAGACCAAAGAGGGCUUGAAAGUUGUUCUUAAAAAGGGAAAUAUUGAGGAUGCAAAGACUGAUGUAAUUUUAGACCCAUUACCUGGUGAUCUUUUAUUGAACAAAUGGGCGAUUUCAAAUGCCAUCAGCAAUGCAGCUGGACCCAAGCUUCAGCAACUGGUACAUAGCCAGAAAACUAGUGGAGCCGCAGGUGAUGUUAUUGUUACAGACAGCUGCAAUCUAAAGAGCAAACAAGUUUUCCAUGCGAUUGCUCCAAACUGGGACGACGGCAAAGGGGCCUCUGAAAAGAUUCUAAGUGGGAUCUUUAAGGAUUGCUUGGACCUGGCAGAGAAAACCGGUUUGACAUCCAUAUCUUUCCCGACAGUUGGCACUGGAAAGUUAGGUUUUCCAAAAGAUCUUGUUGCCUCCUUGAUGCUGGAUAAAACCUUAGAAUUCAGCAGUCAGAGACAAUCCAAGAACCUUAAGAAAGUUGUGGUGAUUCUGUAUCCUGGAAAUACUGAGAUUAUUAAGGUAUUUACUGAUGAAUUUAAGAAGAAGUUCCCAAGUGCCACAGCUCCUUCCGCAGCUAAAGGUUCACUUCCAGCAAACUCUUCACAAAGUAAAGGCAAAUUCUGUAAAGUGGUCUCCAGUUCAGGAAUGCAUGAGACUAAACUGGGGAAGGUGACGGUGCAGGUAGUGACUGGAGAUAUAACUAAGGAGACCACUGACAUCAUCGUCAACUCUUCAAAUGAUAACUUCACUCUGAAGUCAGGAGUAUCCAAAGCGAUUCUGGAUGCAGCUGGUCCUGCUAUUGUAGAUGAAUGUACAAAACUUGCUUCCCAGCCCCAUUCAGGCAUGAUAAUGACUGCACCUGGUAGUCUAAAGAGCAGCAAGAUUCUCCACAUGGUCGGAAAGACAAAUCCAUCAGAAAUCCACCAGGCAGUGAAGGAAGCACUCCAGCUGUGUGUGAAGAACUCCCACACCUCUGUGUCGUUUCCUGCCAUUGGCACAGGCCAAGGCAACGUAGCAGCGAAAGCGGUGGCAGACUCCAUGUUGGACGCAGUCAUUGAUGUGAUGAGCCAAAACACCUCCAGCUCCCUGACUUUAAUCCGGAUUGUUAUUUUUCAGCAAAACAUGCUAAAAGAUUUCUGCAGCAGCAUGCAAGAAAGGGAAGUGCCUGAUCCAAAGGAUAAAGCAGGAUUCCUCCAAAAUGUUGGCCAAAAGAUUAAAGCAAUAUUUAUACCUGAAAGUCCUGAAAAAAAACAAGACCAAAAGGUUUUUGAUUUUGAGACCAUCGAAGUGGAGCCUACUUUAUUCCACAUCUGUGGUGACUCACAGAACAGCAUAGAUGCAGCGAAGAAGAAGAUAAAUGAUCUGAUAUCCGACCAACAAGGCAGCAUGGAGAUAACCGACAAUGACAUCUUAAACUUAUCUUUGGCAGACUGUCAGCGCAUCGUUGACAUUCAAAAGAGCAUGGGUGUGAGCAUCAAGCAUCAUAUAAAUAAUGGCCAAGCCUCAAUAGUUAUUGAAGGUCUCAAUAAAGAUGUGCUUCAGGCCAGUAAGGAGGCAGAUAUGAUGCUGAGGAAGGUGAGAGGUGAGCAGGAGCUGAAGAAGAAAUAUGAUUUGGCCGCUACAGUGGCAGAAUGGCAGUAUCAGCGUCAGGGGCUUCAGUAUCAGAGUGUUGAUCAGGUGACCAACUAUGAGCUUGAGCAUGCCUUGGAGAAGGGAAUAACCAGUGUAAAAGUUACCAUCCAGGGCUCAAACUAUACUGUUCAGAUGCCUAAAGGACCAGCUACUGACAGCCAGGGAAUCACCCUGCAGAUCAGGAGAAUCGACAAACUAAAAGCUGAUGAUGUUCCUGAGUUUUGGGAGCCAAUGCCGGCUGGCCAAACGUGUCACUCUGUCCCCAUCCAGGCAACGUCUCCAGAGUACGCCGAAGUCCUUAAUCUCUUCCAAGCCACGUGUAAACGAGCCGUCACUAAGAUUGAAAGGAUCCAGAACCCUGCGAUGUGGAAAAGUCUUCAGAUCAGAAAACAUGAUAUGGAGGUGAGAAAUAAUCAUCAGAACAAUGAGAAACGUCUCUUCCACGGCACAUGUGAGACCACUGUCCCCAUCAUCAAUGCUCAAGGCUUCAACAGAAGCUACGCGGGAAAAAACGCUACCUGUUAUGGCAAAGGCUCCUACUUUGCUGUUAAUGCCAGUUACUCUAGCAAUGACACCUACUCCAAGCCCAAUCAGAACGGAGAGAAGUUCAUGUACCUCUGCAGAGUGCUGACAGGAGACUACACCCUGGCUCAGCAGGACAUGAUCACUCCACCACCUAAAGGGGGCUCGGAUGUUUACUUGUAUGACAGCGUGGUGGACAACCUGACCAAACCCAACAUGUUUGUAGUGUUUCAUGACUCUCAUGCAUAUCCAGAGUACCUGAUUACUUUCAAGUAGCACACAAGAAAAAUGUUUAAUUUAAAUGCCACGGUGAUGAAUGAAUUACUUUGCUUCAGACAAUCCGAAAAAAAUGCUAACUUUAUUCAUAAUUAAUGUCACACAUAUUUUAUAUGUAUAAUUAAGUUCUUAUGUCUGAAAAGGGAUAUAAGGAAGUGAAACUUAUUUAAUCAUACUCCUUCACCCUCCUAUAGUGCUUAACAACAACAAUGUUCCCAAUUUCCAUUAAAAAUUAGUCUUAACUGUAAUUAAAAAGUUGCUUUUUGUACAUAUAAACAUACGGAUAGAAAUCCACACAUGGUUACACGCAACUUCAUUCAUAAAACAUCUGAUAAUGAAGCCAAAUCUAAUUUUCUUUUCAGAUUUCAGUCUUAUUUCCAUUGCCUUGAGUUCACUGACUUGCUAGUUUGUUUUCAGGCCUAUUUACAGUUUUAAAAUGACGCUUUAAUGUCAGUAACCAGUGAUAAGCAGCUGUGAAUCCUUUGAACAUUAAUGCAUUACUUCUCAUAGGGAGCUACUUUGCAUUUAAUGCUGCACUUUAUAACAUUAAAUUAAAUCUCUAUGUAAAAUCUGAAAGUAAAAACUAACAUCUUUUCCUUGUUAAAAACAAGAAUUGAACGACAUAUGAUUUCACUGUAAGCUCUUCUACAUUUGAAAGUAAUAAAAACGAUUUUCUCUUAUUA